UCGUUCAUUCGGUAUCAUUCAAUCAUGGAAACUGCCACACUACGCGAACUUGGAAGAGAUGUGUUGCUACAGUUUGGGACGGCUUUCCUAGCGCUUUCCACCGAAACGAAUCGACAACCCGAUGUCGGUAGCGAAGACACAUUCGAGAACAGUCGCGAAAAUUUCAAUGCAGAGCAAGAAAGAUUUCAGUUGUGGGCAGCCAAUCUAGGUUUACAAGCUUCAGGUGAUCGUUCACUCGAUUACCGAGUUCAAGAUAGCCCGAGCGUCAAGUCUUACACGCGACAGCUUCUUGAAGAACUUAUUGAUGACCUUAAGGACUUACCCAAGCUUUUAAGGGAUGGACCUAGUGAGGCGGCUGCAGAUCAGUGGAGUGAAGAAGAUGAUGAUGAGGCAGAGCAAGAUGACGAAGAGGAAGGAAAGGAAGAGACACAAACGACCUCCGACCAAAUUCUGCCCGGAAGUCCUGCGGACGAAGACGAUCCUGAAGAUGACUCAUCGGAGGCUGGAAGCGAAGAAGCUGAGUACGUUGAACUUGGAAGUACUGCAGAGGCCGUUCAAUCAACGAUAGAGGAUAUUUCCGAUAUCAUCGACCGCCUUUAUCGACUCGCUUCAAAGCUCCGAAAUUCGGCUACAAGAGCUCCUCCUUCAGCGCGUAACUUCUAUAGAGAACCUCUGAUGAAUGCUCAAGGGGAGGAGAUACAACUGACGCAAAGUGAGCGAAAGGCGGCAAAAGAACAAACUGAGCAAUUCCAUCAGCAGCGCAUCGAGGAAAUUGUUCUUCAAACACUGCGCGACGAAAGAGACGAGCCAUAUACCAAAACAUAUUGCACUCCAUAUCUGAGCCCGCGUACAACAGCAGUGAUCCGUCGCAUAUCGGUGGCGAACGCGUACCGACAGCAGCAGUUCGCAUUCUGGAGAUCAAGGGAAUGGGAUCGAAGGCAUGCGGUAAAAUAUCAAGCCGCCGACAUCGCUAAACCUCUCUUAAAGGCGGAAGGGCCUCAAAGUGACAAUCAGGAGGCACAGCGUGGAUUAGAUGGAUUGCUGAACAGACAACCAUUUCCAACUGCACGCAGUGAAAACCAGAACCCCUUCUCCGAAGCACCGUCAGCGACUUGGAAGAUGUUGAAAGAACCUACACUUUCUGAACUUGAUGAUACUCGGUCCUUGACGUCCAAAACUGAAUACACAUCCUCGCCGACGAUUUACGAGCCUAGCGGUAGGAAAGUAGGAUGGCCUACCUUUCCAAAAGAGCUUGGGAAGAAGAAAGAUUUCAUCUGUCCUUAUUGUUUUGUGACAUGCCCAGCAAAUUAUAGGGGCAAGGGUCACUGGAGAGCUCAUUUGAUCCAAGACCUUCAGCCCUACACGUGUACGGCUGAGAAGUGCGAUGAGGGCGAUAGCAAGCCGCUCAAUACGUGGGACGAAUGGAUUGUUCACGAGCAAGUCCAUCACCGAAUGGAGUAUACUUGCCGGUACCAUCCGGAGUCAGCUUUCUCAAGUAGAGAUCAAUAUUUAGAACAUGUUGGACAAGAACAUCCGCAUCAACAGAACGAAUUGUUAGACCCUGACCAUAUCAACGCAAACGCUCAGCUUACACCAAAACCUCGCGAUGGGUGCCCGAUUUGCUCAUAUCAACCGGAAACUUGGCAAGACAUGGAUAAGCACUUGGCCUAUCAUCUAGAGAAUCUGGCCCUUCUUAGUCUUCCACUGGCAACUGGACUCGAGAGAGAAGAUGCAAAUAUGGGAUCCCUUCAGCAGGAAGGUGGUGAAGACGAUGCCAUGGGGCUUCUUGAUGGCGAUGCAGCAGGAGCUCUUUCUAGUCUUUUCGAAACUAUCCCUGCGCCAUUAGCUGAGGAUGGCACUUCGUUAGAGCAAGGUGAAGUGCUCACAGAAGAGGCUUUGUCCAAGCAUUUGGAAAAUGAGAUGUCGGAUGGACCGCCCCCUAACAUGUUGCAAGAUGAACAUGCACCCGAAGAUCUUGAAAGAACAGAUUACGAGACAGGGGUGGGACUUUACGAAGCGAUGGCUUUCUGGGAUCUGCAACACAUCGACCAUCUUUUUCCUAAGGCCAGUCAAACCCUGAAAGACCGCCUUGCACGAGCCAACACCGACCGAAGACGACGCAUGGAUAUGUUACAGCUCCGAAAGACGACGAAACCCUCCAGUUCCCGAGAAAAUGAGAAGAAUGAAAUCCUCUCCCGCGCACUGCAAAAAGCGAACACUGCAGUUUUGCUGGACAACGCGGAAAACUUUCAGGGUGCUAUAGAAGCGUAUAGCGACUCUUGUGAAUUAUUGCAACAGGUCAGUUUCAAAAGUAAUGUAGAUGCGGAUAAGAAAAAAGUAGAAUCUAUUCGCUUAACAUACCUGAACCGGAUCGAGGAGCUCAAGCAUUCACAGUCUUCCAAUUUAGAUGAUGCAAAUCCGAAUAGCACCAAAUAUUCCAUUAAAGAGAUGCCAGAUCACCACCCGAUACCCAGCGGAAGCCCUCUGGUGCCGACAGUACUGGAAUCAGACCAUCUCAGUAUCAACAUGCUUGCAACAGAGCUCAUGGAAAAUGCUGGAGAGGAAAUCAAACAGCAGUAUAUGCAGGAAGUAGACCAAUGGCCUGAGGAGAAAAAACUGGAGUUGAAAAGACAGGGCAUCCAUCCGAGCUUUGUCAGAUAUCGAAUGCAAGCCGAGAAGAUGAUCGAGAGUGGAAAAAUUACGAAGCAUCAAUUGCAAUUCCUGGAAAAUUCAAGAAUUGAGAGUUUGAACCAAUCAAUGGCUUAUGAGUUGUUCGUUGUUCGGUUUAAUCAGCUACGUGUUCUGUCUAUCCACUGCCCCAUAUGCAAUUUGGAAGCAGACUAUCUCUCUCCAUAUCAUAUUGAGCAAGACGUCCCACCAUAUGUUUGUCUAUACGAAAAUUGCAGUUCAGGCGAUAUGCUGUAUAGCCAAGCUUCAUCACUCCAAACCCACAUGUCCAGCCAUUUAGUCCCUCUUGAGGGCGAGGAUAUGACAUGUCCCUUGUGUUUGGAGGCCUCAUUUGACAUAAGUCACAUAGUUGUGUGCUUACAACGCGCUGCUUCUUUUGUGCUUCCACGGAAUCUUUCUACACAACCGGAUACGUCAUCUGAUUUUUCUGGGAGUGCGAAGAGUGAUUGGGAUAUAGAAGAAGCCGACGACAAAGCUACGGAGAAAGAGCUCCCCAAGCCGCUGCCAGAAAAUGACUGGGACUUACACGAAGAAACCAACUUCGACCAAAUGCUGACCCCUCAUGUGGUCGAUGAUGCAAAUCUGCCUGCUGUUGGUUCACAUCCAAACUCUGAAGCAGACCCAGGCUUCGACUUCACUAGCUUGAAAACAGAACUUCGGCGCAUCGAAGAUGAGCGUCUUGGAGUAAGAAAACACAGAAGUUCUUCAUAUCCCUCAACCGAAGAUCUUCCCGGUUUCUACGAGUCCAAAGAAGAAAAAGUGCCCGAUAUCUCACAGACCAAUUCCUCGAAUUCCACUACCGAGGAAGAAGUCGGGAAAGAGCAGGAGCGAGACGAGAGUGUCGACCCCCCGGAUACAGCUCGAAAAGGUUCAUUACAGGAUAGCGAUCUAGUCUUACCUGUGACUGAUCCAGAAUCUCUUCCUGGCAUUGCUGAAAGAUACGAUACUACAGAGCCCUCCGCUGUCACAGGGGACGAUGAUGUCUUAAGCAUCGCCUUGCGUAUCGACACUUCCUAUGACCCCGAUGAGACUAUACUCCGUCCCGAGAUCAAAACACAGACAAACGAAGAAAAGGUGAUGGACAAAAACAUGAUAUUCGAACCCUCAGUUGAAAGAUCGUAUGAAGAAGCGGAUAGCCCGAGAUCAUAUGACGAAGCUGAUAGCCCAAGAUCAGUAAUUGAACGAGAAAUUGGAAAAGUUACCGAGUCCAUUCAGGAAGCUUCGAGUUUCCCAAAGUCAGAAUGGAUGCCAACUGGGAACUGGCCCGGAGAUGAUACAUCUCCAAACGUCGAGAGCAGUCAAGCCGGUGGUGGUGCUCAUUCUAGCAUGCCUGAAAACACGAGCUCUGCAUUGGGUAUCGACGCAGCGGUGACUGUCAGAGGCGAUGCGGAGAGACAGUCAGUGCAUCAUACCGAUAUGAACCCACCUGCGUUGGAUCCAGCUUCCGAGUCGGAUAUAGAGAGACGCGAACAAGAACUUCAUCAGCAAGAAGACUGGCCAGAUCCGGUCGACCCUGAUGCUUUAUAUUGGUUCGAAAAUCCAGGACCAAUCGAAAGCCAACCAUCACCCCAGAACCAAAGUAUACAACAAGAUCGGCUGCGUCGUGCCCGGCUGCAACCAGAUGAGAUGCUAUCCCGAGAUCAACAUACACGAAAAGAGCGGCUGCAUCAAGCCCUAAUGCCACGCAAAGAAUCUAAAGCUGAAGAUCUAUUCAAACGAUUGAGAUCACGCGUUGAUCACACACCUAAUGACCCUACCCAAUCCACUAAAGAUAGUGGCAAGGAAACAGAUUCAUUCGUUCAAUCCGCGGAACAGGCGAUACUUGAGCCCAAACGCCCUCUGGGUCCUCGGACAACUACAAGGCAGGAGCAAAUGCAUUCGACUAGAUCCUCUGGCACCAAGCCUCAGAUUAUUUCUGGCAGUGGUAAUGUAUUGACAAAGAUUCAAGAAGACGGAAAAGAAGCUCCAAAGCUUCCGUUGUAUGGCGAUAUCGAUGUGGGCAUUCCGAAUCUUCGGGAAGCGGAUGAGGAGAAAGAUAAGUAUCGGAGAAGGUGGGCGGAGGAUGAAGAAGAAAAAAAUUCUGGCUAUUACGAUUAG